CCCGCCUCCCGCACGUGGCCCAGCCUCAGUUGGGUCGGGUAGGGGGCUGCAGGACUCGGGCGGUGUGCUUCGGAGACCAUGGCGACGGCCGACCUCACUCAGAUUCCCGAUGUGGACAUCGAUUCGGAUGGCGUCUUCAAGUAUGUGCUGAUUCGAGUCCACCCAGCGCCGCCCUCCGGGACUUCCGCCGAGGAAUGCAAGGAAAUCGUGCGCGGCUACAAAUGGGCCGAGUACCACGCGGACAUCUAUGACAAAGUAUCAGGCGAGCUGCAGAAGAAAGGCUAUGACUGUGAGUGCCUGGGCGGCGGGCGCAUCUCCCACCAGAGCCAGGACAGGAAGAUCCACGUGUACGGCUACUCCAUGGGUUAUGGUCGUGCCCAGCACUCUGUUUCAACUGAGAAGAUCAAAGCCAAGUAUCCUGAUUACGAGGUCACCUGGGCAGACGAUGGCUACUGAGGUCUUGUGCUCAGAAGCUAAGCGGGACUGUUCUCUUGCUGGGGUUACUGCUGAAGAGCUGACCCUGUGAUCUCCUGUACUCCCAGCAACACGCCACGUGCCAGGUCUCAGAAGCCAGAGGACCUGGCCCACAGGAAUUAAAGCAUUGUUGUCCCUGCCA